AUGGCAAAGACCCGGACCUCGAGCCCCGGCAAGGAGCGGGGACGCCGGCCGGCCGAGCCCCGUGCUAAGCAUCAGAAACCGCGGGGGCUGAAGGACCGGAGCCGGCGGCGGGAGGCAGACGGAGCCGCCGCCGCCGCCGCCUCCACUACCGGGCGCCCCUCCUCUGGGUCCACUGCCUUUCUGCCCCUCCCGGAUGGCUUAGCGCUGAAGAACGGAUGGCAGGGUGAAAGAUGGCGGGGGCGGAGGUGCCCAGGGAUCGCGCGGGCGGGGGUCUCUCGGGAAGUGCAGGAGAGACAGCCCGCCUUGCCCUGCCCUCUGGGUCUCCUCCAAAGGGGCAGGCACCAGGCAUGCCUGGCGGCCAUCCCUUCUCUGCCCCUCCCCUCCCCGUGCCCACCUCCAGGCUUAUGUGGCGGCAGCGCCUCCGGCAAGACCACCGUGGCCAACAAGAUCAUCGAGGCUCUGGACGUCCCCUGGGUGGUUCUCCUCUCCAUGGACAGCUUCUACAAGGUACUGAACAAAGAGCAGCAGGAGGCGGCGGCUCGUCACGAGUACAACUUUGACCACCCGGAUGCCUUUGAUUUUGACCUCCUGAUUGGCGUCCUGCGGAAGCUGAAGGAGGGCAAGAGCGUGAAGGUUCCCGUGUACGACUUCACCACUCACAGCCGGCGCAAGGAGUGGAAAACUAUCUAUGGGGCCAACGUGAUUGUCUUCGAGGGGAUCUUGGCUUUUGCCAACAAGGAGCUGUUGCAGCUCCUGGACAUGAAGGUGUUUGUCGACACAGACUCCGACAUCCGGCUGGUCCGGCGGCUGAAGCGCGACAUCCUGGAGCGUGGCCGGGACGUGGCUGGCGUCAUCAAGCAGUACAGCGUGUUUGUGAAGCCGGCCUUUGAGCAAUACAUCGAGCCCACGAUGCAGGCUGCCGACAUUGUCGUCCCCCGAGGGGGGGAGAACUUUGUCGCUCUGGACUUGAUUGUCCAGCAUGUGCACAGCCAGCUGGAGAAGCGUGAAAUCACAGUCAGAGCUGCCUUGGCCACAGCCCACCAGGGGCAACCGCUGCCCAAGAGCCUGAGCGUCCUGGAGAGCACCCCACAGGUGCGUGGGAUGCACACCAUCAUCAGGAACAAGGACACCAGCAGGGAUGAGUUCAUUUUCUACUCCAAGCGUCUGAUGCGCCUGCUGAUUGAACACGCCCUCUCCUUCCUGCCACUCAAGCCAGUGACAGUGGAGACGCCGCAGGGCACGGUGUACGAGGGGAAGCGGUUCCACCGGCAGCGGAUCACCGGGGUCUCCAUCCUGCGGGCGGGCGAGACCAUGGAGCAGGCCCUCACGGCGGUCUGCAAAGACAUUCGCCUGGGCAAAAUUCUUAUCCAGACCAACCACGACACGGGGGAACCAGAGCUGCACUACCUGCGGCUGCCCAAGGAAAUCAGCGAAGACUACGUCAUUCUGAUGGACAGCACAGUCUCCACCGGGGCGGCUGCCAUGAUGGCAGUGCGUGUGUUGUUGGAUCACGAUGUGCAAGAGGACAAGAUCUUCCUGCUGUCUCUGCUGAUGGCGGAGAUGGGCGUCCACUCCGUGGCCUAUGCCUUCCCCCGCGUGCGUAUCAUCACCACCGCCGUGGACAAACAAGUCAACGAGGAGUUCCACAUCAUACCUGGCAUUGGGAACUUCGGAGACAGAUACUUUGGCACCGACGGGCCCCUGCCCUGGUUUGAGAGCGACACCAGCAUGGAUUGCUGAGCGGGUCCUGGCGGGCAGGGCCUCCUCUCGGGGGUGGGGGGCAAGGGGGGCAGCUCCUUGCAGAGGGUGUGUCUGCUGCAGCGGCAAGGGUUUGUGGAGGCUGCUGCUGUCAUGGCGGCCGCUGUGCCCUACCUAGCUCCUUGACCCAGAAGGGGUCAAGGCUAGGGAGAAGACGCUGCUGGUGACCCCUGCCGGCCCAUCACCUCUUCCUGCUGGGUAUUUAUUGGUAUUUAUUGGGGGGGGGCUCCCUGGCUGCUGGCCUUCAUAGGGCUGGUUGGUGCGGGCAGGGCUGGCAUGCUCUUUCCAGGUUGACCCCGCGGGAAGGGGCCGCUCCCACGACUGACUGAGUGGCUGCCCUUCUCCUCUGCCCACGGCCCGGCUCAGGGACGGAGCACGGAGGGUAUCGCACGAGCCUCCCUGCCGGCCAGGCUCCCUGCCCUUCUCUGGGACUCCCUCCCUCCCUCC